UGUUGGGGGGAUGGGGCCGUGCCGAGGAUGAGAGACUCCAAAUAUUUACCACUUGGCUAACUAAAUAUCUUUCUUUUUCGAACUGGGUUUCCUCCUUUGCUCUUGGACAUAUACGCGCUUUUCGGCCACGCAUGAGUUUCGGUGGAAUUUGGCCAAACUAAAGUGGAGUAGCUGUACGUCCACGACACACGCUUAAAAAGUCGACAAAAUGUAUUCCUCUGCUGGAGCUACCGAGAUGCUUGAGGGACCCCGUUCCUCUGGGUCAAUAAGCUCUGACCCCCCUGGCUCAGACCCCCCAUCUUCCCCGGUGCCAGAAUAUGUGUUCAAGCCACCUUCACGGCCAGACUUUGGCACAAUGGGCAGGACAAUCAAGCUCCAAGCCAACUUCUUUGAGAUGGAAAUCCCCAAAUUGGAGGUCUACCAUUACGACAUCGACAUCAAGCCUGAAAAAUGCCCCAGGAGGGUUAAUCGUGAAAUUGUGGAGCACAUGGUCCAGCACUUUAAAACACAGAUCUUUGGUGAUCGAAAGCCGGUGUAUGAUGGAAGGAAGAACCUCUACACUGCCAUGCCCUUACCCAUAGGCAGAGACAAAGUGGAGCUUGAGGUGACAAUUCCUGGUGAAGGCAAAGACCGUAGCUUCAAAGUGUCCAUCAAGUGGGUGUCCUGCGUUAGUCUGCAAACUCUGCACGAGGCAUUAUCAGGACGAUUGCCUAGCGUCCCGUUUGAGACGAUUCAAGCCUUGGAUGUGGUCAUGAGACAUUUGCCUUCUAUGAGGUAUACCCCAGUGGGGCGCUCUUUCUUCACUCCUUCAGAGGGAUGCUCCAAUCCUCUUGGUGGUGGCAGAGAGGUGUGGUUUGGUUUCCACCAGUCUGUCAGACCUUCCCUCUGGAAAAUGAUGCUAAACAUUGAUGUUUCCGCCACUGCAUUCUACAAAGCCCAGCCUGUAAUUGAGUUCAUGUGUGAGGUCUUGGAUUUCAAAAGCAUUGAAGAACAACAGAAGCCUUUAACAGACUCUCAACGAGUGAAAUUUACAAAAGAAAUCAAAGGCCUAAAGGUUGAGAUCACUCACUGUGGCCAGAUGAAGAGGAAGUACAGAGUGUGCAAUGUGACCAGAAGACCAGCCAGCCACCAAACGUUCCCCCUGCAGCAGGAGAAUGGCCAAACUAUUGAAUGCACAGUAGCACAGUACUUCAAAGACAAGUACAAGCUCAUCCUGCGAUACCCCCACCUCCCAUGUUUACAGGUGGGACAGGAGCAGAAGCACACCUACCUACCUCUAGAGGUGUGUAACAUAGUGGCAGGACAGCGCUGCAUCAAAAAGCUGACUGACAAUCAGACCUCCACUAUGAUCCGUGCCACAGCCCGAUCAGCACCAGACCGUCAGGAUGAGAUUAGUAAAUUGAUGAGAAGUGCCAACUUCAACACUGACCCUUAUGUUCGUGAAUUUGGAGUAAUGGUGAGAGAUGAGAUGACAGAAGUGAAUGGCCGCGUUCUGCAAGCACCUUCAAUACUAUAUGGAGGCAGGAACAAGGCAAUAGCCACACCAAUCCAGGGAGUAUGGGACAUGAGGAACAAGCAGUUUCACACUGGGAUUGAGAUCAAAGUGUGGGCCAUCGCCUGCUUUGCACCGCAAAGACAGUGCACAGAACUCCUGCUCAAAGCUUUUACAGAUCAACUGAGGAAGAUCUCUCGUGAUGCAGGGAUGCCCAUCCAGGGUCAGCCUUGCUUCUGUAAGUACGCCCAGGGAGCUGACAGCGUCGAGCCGAUGUUCAGGCACCUCAAGUACACCUACCAGGGCCUCCAGUUGGUGGUGGUCAUCCUGCCGGGGAAGACGCCAGUUUAUGCUGAGGUGAAACGUGUUGGGGACACAGUGCUUGGCAUGGCCACACAGUGUGUGCAGGUGAAGAAUGUUCAGAAGACAACACCUCAGACCCUCUCCAACCUCUGUCUGAAGAUCAACGUCAAGCUGGGUGGCGUCAACAACAUCCUUCUCCCACAGGGCAGGCCAUUGGUGUUCCAGCAGCCAGUGAUCUUCCUUGGUGCAGAUGUGACUCAUCCACCUGCAGGAGAUGGAAAGAAGCCUUCCAUCGCUGCUGUGGUUGGUAGUAUGGAUGCCCAUCCCAGUCGAUACUGUGCCACAGUGCGCGUGCAGCAGCACCGUCAGGAAAUCAUCCAGGACCUGGCCACCAUGGUGAGGGAGCUGCUCAUCCAGUUCUACAAGUCGACCCGCUUCAAACCCACCAGAAUAAUCUACUACCGAGAUGGCAUCUCUGAGGGCCAGUUCAACCAGGUGACACUUGUUCUUCAGCAUGAGCUGCUGGCGAUUCGUGAGGCCUGUAUCAAGUUAGAGAAGGACUACCAGCCUGGUAUAACCUUUGUGGUCGUGCAGAAGAGACACCACACAAGACUGUUCUGUAUGGACAGAAACGAAAGGGUUGGGAAGAGUGGAAACAUUCCAGCAGGCACCACAGUGGACACCAAAAUUACUCACCCAUCAGAGUUUGACUUCUAUCUUUGCAGUCAUGCUGGCAUUCAGGGAACCAGCAGGCCGUCUCACUACCAUGUGCUCUGGGACGACAACCACUUCUCUUCAGAUGAACUGCAGGUCCUCACCUAUCAGCUUUGUCACACUUAUGUACGCUGCACCCGGUCAGUUUCCAUCCCAGCACCAGCCUACUAUGCCCAUUUGGUGGCUUUCCGGGCUCGCUAUCACUUGGUGGACAAAGAGCAUGACAGUGCUGAGGGCAGUCAUACGUCAGGCCAGAGCAACGGGCGUGACCACCAGGCCUUGGCCAAGGCUGUUCAGAUCCACCAGGACACACUGCGCACCAUGUACUUUGCCUGAGAGCGAGCACACAAACCCAGGUUGGCGUGGGUGAGACCCAACUGAUGGAACACACUACCCCUCGCUGUCUCACUGUCAGCUGUAGAUAGCAUCACAGUGGUUUCACAUCGUGAUCUCCCAACCUAACAAACCUGUCAGUUACAACUAUGUCUACAAUUGUACUUCAGCCCCUAAACCCACUAAAACCAAACCAGCUAUUAGACUGUAAGAUGCAAAAGAAACCCUCUUUCUUGAGGAGCUGGAAGAGGUUUUAUUUAAAUGUUUUGCAUUAGUGUGCAUUUGUAUUUGUUGUAGGGGAUUAUGUUGCAAAGUUUGAGAGGAAAUGGGAAAAUUUUUACACUGAUAAAAGAAAUCCACCAUUUCUAAACUAGUUGGCUGUAACAGUAAACCAUGGGAAGUCAUGAAUUUAGAAGAUGUGAUUCACCCUUCUCCUUCUGUUUUGGUUUGUUGGAGUCUUGGUGCUUGAAGGGAGAAGGAAAAAUCUAAAGAUGAGGGGGUCCAUUCACUGUUGAUAUGCCUAAUGAUUUAGUCCUCUGACAAACAUUAUUUAUCAGCCAAUCAAAGCAAAGUGCACUGACCAGAAUGGGUACUUCAAUCAGGACAAAAGUACUUAAUAUAUUGAGGGUUGUGUGUGAUUUUUUUUCUUUUUUCACAUAGGGCACUAUGUGAUUAAAAGUGCCAUUUGAGACCAUCUUUUUGUUGUCACUUCUAUGUAAAACUAUGAAUUAGUUUGCCCACAUCUGCUGGGUUUUCAGUAUUUGUCCUUGAUUGACACCGAUGACCAUUUAAUGCCAAAUCUGGUGGCAACUACAGGAUUCUUUGCAUCAGAUUUGUUCAACCCAUGAACCAACACUUUAUAGUGUUUAGAUAGAGAUUGAAAGAACAUAAUUUUAUCCUUUGCUGCCCCAUUUAUUAGCCUGAACUGAUAAAGUUGCAACAGUAGCCUAAUUCUCACACAGAGAAAUAGUGUAUUGGGACUGGCUCCCAGCAAGGACACCUUUCUAAUGUAUUCUGAGCCGUGUUGAUGAAAGACACAUGAUGUAGAACUCAUCAUUAGAGGGGAACAUAAUGAAAUCUUCUUUUUGGUUCCCUUCCGUUUUUAUAGUCUGUUUCUAUUUUUUUUGUUUGUUUUUUGUUUUGCAAUGAAUAUGCAUGUAGCUGACUCAUGUUUUAGACAUUUAGGCAUUUGUGAUAAUUGUCUGUUUCUCCCUUUAUACACAUCAACCCUAUUUCUAUUUUGUAAUGUAUAUAGCAGCAGGAUAGUGUUUUCUGCAGUGUCACUGUCGGAGCGGGAUAUUUGUGUGGCUUCUCGAUAUCCAGGCAUUUGGUACUGUGGAGUGAAAGCUGCGACGUUUUAGACUUUAACUGAUCGAAAUUCCCUAAAAGAACCUGUUUAAUAUAGUGUUUGCUCUGAGAAUCAGGAGCAGUCAUCGCACAAAAGCUUGGGUUUUAUGCAAAUGACUUUUUGUGAGUCUUUAUACUAUAUAGUAAUGUUGGUAAUGAGGUAUAUUUUGAAUAAGCUUUCAGUGGAGGCUGCUGAAAAAUUACAGAGAAUUUUUUAAAAGACUGGCCCACAUGUAGUCUAAAUUAACACUGUCUAUUUGUAUACAGAUUUUAAAUGCAAAUAUUCUCUUGCCUUCUAAGACUGUUAGUCUUACUAAUAAACAUUAUUACAUAAUAACAUCCCACCUAAGUUUUACUACUAAGUUAAGCUGGCGAAUGUUGACAUAGUCUUGAUUGGAGGCGAGUAGUCUAUAUUUUCUAACUAUGCAUUGUUUUUAACCAAGAGAUUUAGCAGUGGGAUAUCUCACAUGAAUUUGGGUCAUUUAUAGAUGUAGAUAAUCAGGGCUUUAUAUGUUGUUUUUUUUAGCAUAUUGCAUUUAGUAGCGUUUCUUAGGGCUUAUUAGCGUCUUCAUGCCUUUCCAAUGGGAUGAAGUAUUGAUGUGGUCAUUUGUGACAUUGUAGAUUUUAUAGCCUAAACAUUGGCUGCAUCCUUUGUAACACACAAUCUUUCCUAGCCAAACAAGAUUACAAACUUUUACAUGAUUAAUAAUCGAAAGAUAUUGAAGCACAAAAGGACAUCUUGAUUCUAGGUGCUAGAAGUUUUCACUGUAAACCACCUUAAAUCCUCACUGGACUGGUCCACAAGGCUUUUUAGUUGUACGCUAAAAAGAUGCUUCAUCAUUUUGAGGAUCUUUUCUCUCCCUUUGAUGACCUCCUUUAUGUUUCCCUUUUUACUUGUUACCUGUAAAGCAACUAGAAAUCCGACUGACUGUGUUUGUGGGGCAUUCUGAAAAUCAUGUACUUGAUAUUUACUGUUAUGAUGUCAAUAUUGUUCUUAUCGGUGCUGGUCUCACAACAUGUAAAUUUGGAUGCACUUUUGAUAGCAGAACAUUUGGGUAUGACUUCUAUAGAUGUGUGUUCCUCAAUCGAAGCGGGAGGCUCGGCCAUAUUGUGUGACACUUGUGUAAUUGUGUGGAAAUGGCUGUGUGUUCUACCUCUUGUUACCUGUUUAAGUGUUAUGGUAACAUCACACUGCUGGCCAUUUCCUUAUAAUUACCCCUGCUAUCUAUCUAAUUGGCAUUGUUUGAGUCUUGCAUUGAUAGAAGUUUUAAACGCUUGGUGUGCAUGAUGGUGAACGCGCUUUUUCAGUUUAUGUAGUUUUUUUCAUAGUUUUGCUCAAACUGAUGAGAGAAUGUGUUUUUUUUUUUCCUUGUAAGAGUUUUGAGUGCUGAGCUGUAUGACCAAAUUCUUGAACUGUGUUUUUACCGACACACAGCUUUCCCUGCUUUCUUUCCUUUUAGUCUAUGCACCACUAAAAUGACAGACUUUUUGACACGUUUGGUUUUCCACCAGAGCAGUUUAACAACAAUUGCAAAGCCCACAUUUGCUGUGAUCAUUGCAUAUCCUCGGUCAGGACAAUGAACAACAGUGAUGCUGUUAGUCAGACUGAUAAUAAAAGUUGCUUAUAAGCUAAAAGAGACAAGAAAAUAUCCCAUGUUUGAAAGAUCAGCCUGAAAAAUUUCACACAAAGUCUGUUGAUGAUGUGAAUUCCAGCACAGAACAAUUAUUUCUCUGUGCAAUCAUGCCUGUAAGUUCUUCAUUUAAGCACCAGUCUUACUCUGAUCUGGUCACAAUGAAUAAAUGAAUCUUGCAUUUCAAGUGAGACCUCUGUUUGGUUCUCUAUUUGGGAGUAAAUGUCCUUGUCCUAGUGAAUACAGGUCUUUGUAAUUCGACCAUAAGUCUUUCAAAUCAGUGAAUUUAGUGUAUUGCUAUCAUUCGAGGUCUACUCACAGAAGUUAUGAAGUGUGGAAAGUGAUAAAAAAUGCAAUACUUAAUGCCUGCAACAUCACAGACAUCAAAAACUAUCUGGCUUAAAAACUUUAAGGUAUAAUAAUGAGAGGUGGGUUUGUACUUGUUGUUACUGCUUUACUGCUUUUUACAUUACCUAUACCAGCACCUUAUAAAACCAGAUCAGAAUGGCAUUGCUUUUCCUGGACAUAAAACUCAAAUAUUUCGCAAUGUUAUUUUUGCACUAUAUAAGAAUGGACUUCGUAGCUAUUCAUGCAUUAAGAGUAUUUAUCAGGGGCCAGACUGGCAGCCUCUUUAUUUUCUUUGGCAUUGGUGGCUCUUCAAAAUAAAAAAAACGCGCAGCCAACAGGCCUGAGAGUGUCGAUGUGUGCACUCGCCAUUCAGAGAUAGGCAGACCAGCUGAUCGGGAGGGAUUCUGUCCAGCCAACCAGCAUUCAGCCUGUCACUUUUCAGAACUAUCCUAAUGCCUUUAAAUGAUAACGAAAGAGUGACAUUUGUAGUUGAGUGGGAGGGUUGCCUUUGUACAGUGAUGAUGAGAAAAAGGUGCUGUAUGCAAAACAAAGUGACAGGUGUUGAAAGGAGGUGAUUAGCGGCGGCUAGUAAGGUUUAUAUGAUCACUUCUUGUUGGAUGCCAAAGUGCUGUGUGAGGAUGAACUGUGCUGGAAGGUUUGACAUGGUCCCUGUCAAAGACUGCAAAAUGCAUAUAAAAUCAUACUUAAAAUGAGGCCUCUUUGUGUCAAACACCACCGUAAACUAUACAUAUCAAGACUCAGAAGAGGCUUUUCCUUUUCGCAUAAAUCAUGUUUGUCAUAAUGAGUUAAAUCAAGAAUGUUUAUGAAACAAAUGCUCCUAGCCUGGAUGAAUGUGGCACUGUUUACAAGUAAAAUGGUGCACAAGGUGCUUAGUAAGGCAUUCAGUGACAUUACAGGAUACUUUUAUUUCUCAGAAAUGUAAAUUAAAUGCAUACAUUCACCUCAGUUUGGCUGUUCUUCCGUUGUCUUUUGAAGUGGCCAAAACCUAGAUAAAGCAGGUUGUAGAAAUGGCUGUUUUGUAAAGUUAUCCGCAUAUCAUAAGCUAAUUUAAUCAGUUAAUUGUAUUUUCAAAAUGGCAUCUUUUUUCUUUUUUCUUUCAAAGGUGUGUGUAAAUUUUAGGUUGAAAGAGGCUGAGACAAAAUUUCUCCAAGUGUAACGAUCAGCCUGUUUACUUUUUUGGACUUUGAAUGGUCUUGGAAUAAAAGAUUUGAAGCAAAGCAACAACCAAUACAUCAGUUUAUUCCAUACCAUUACCCUCUGUAUAGUAAUGUCUCUCCUUUCUGCCGCUUAUCCGUCUCUUGUAGAGAAACUAUUGCUGAUGUAAAGAAAUCUCUUGUAGAGUAGAGCCUAUUUUCCUAGCUCCAAAUAAUAACAAUGAAUGUAAUUAGAACCUGCGUGGUUUGUAUUAUUGUAUAGGCUUAUCCAUCCAGUACAUUUAUACUCAUCUUUGCUUCUCGUGUACAGCCUUCUUAUUUUUUUUUUGUGUUUUUCUCUUAUUUAUAGGCUUUAAUAUUUUCAGAAAGUAUUAUUUUCUUCUUUAAGAUCUCAUUCAUUUAGAUAUUACCCACAUCACAGCUGAUAUCACUGAUCUUUUCACUCAUUAACAUGAGAUAAACAAGUCUACAGUUGAGAUGUCUUUCUCUGGAUGUUGGCUACUGUAGUUGUAGGAGACAAACAUUUCACACUGGUGCAAAAGAGUAGUCAUCUUUUCUGGCGUCAUGCUUGUGUGAGGUGCCGUAACAUAAGACUUGUGUGUGUGUAUAUAUAUAAUUAUAUAUAUAUGAUGGUUGCUUCGGUGUGUGAUUUUGUUUGCUGUUAGAUUUUCGGCUCUCAGUCUGAUAUUCCUGUCCAGCCCUUGCAGAGUUGCCCUGUAAAUUGUUAAAAUCCUCCCUGAGUUUGGCUUUUUUUUUUUUUUACUCCUUAGUGCAGUGCCACAUGAAAGCAAAGAAGCUUUUUGUUUGUCACUUGUGUUCCUUGCUUUUGUCAGGUGUUUCACUACGCAGCUGUUUUUCUGCAUUUAUAAAUGACCGUCUAAGAUUCGCAUAGCACUCGACUGGCUUCAGCGGGCAUAAUUUUCCUGUUCCUAUUCUUAGAUGAACUUUUCUGAUGCUUCGAACAGUUAUCAUGCCAAUAUUCACCCCGUUAUCUGUAGCCAUGUGACACCAGUGUGGCGUCCACAGGGCCCUAGCAGUUAAAGUUCACCUAUAUUAUUGUUUUUAGCCUCAGCUAUUGAGUACCAAUUCAAACGGGAUACUGACCUACCUGAGGAGCGAACCAUGACCCUUCACGUCUACCGGAUGCAGUUGUGUUGUGUUGCUGUUUUUAUAGAUUAAAGUUGUUUUGCCAAUACUAUUAGCCAUACAGGUAACACAGGUUUUACAGAUGGAAAUGUUUAAUCUAAAUCUAAUUUGUUAAGAUUUUUAUCGUCUCAAAGGAAUGAAUUCCAUUUCAUUUACCUGUCAAUGUCUACCAGUUGGGUUGCCGUGGCUGAAUUUUCUCUGUUUUGUUUGCCAUCUUAUCUUCAUUUUUUUAUCUGCAAUUUGCCAAUUCAUGCAAAAUGGCAUUGAAUAUUGGCAUAUCUGUACAUUGACAAGUAAAUUUUGAGCCUAAGAGACACGGAGCCAGAACAUGAUGGCUGCAUCCGGUGGAUAUUUGGAGCAAGGCUCAGUAUUAAUCAGAUCUUGACUGAGUAGAACCGUUACAGAGCUUCACCAAACCAAACCAAUGCCAUCCAGCUGAUCUACAUGCAUCCAAUCAUGCAAGACUCGUGGGUAUUUUUUGUAUUUUUUCAAAGCAUUUCUAGUCUCGAGAAUGACUUGGCUUUUUAUUUUCCAACUUGGAGUAAAAUUUAAAAAAAAAAAAAAAAAAACUACCUCAGAGCAGUGUCAGGUGCUAGAUAAUAAUAUCCCUAAUUUAUAACAAUGGUAACAAAAUCAAAAAUUGUAGUGACCAAACCAAUACAAGCCAAUAUCACAUGAGAGCACUGCUCUUUUCUUGAACCUUAGCAAAUGGAAAACCAAGUAAUCGUGUAUGACUGGUUGCUUGCUUUAGUUGGUUACAUCUUAGGGGACCAAAUUUUUGUAAUUGGGAGUUUCAUUGUUUGUGAGUCCUUUUUUUAAAUUUUAUUUCUUCAUUUUAAAAGACUGACGAAAACAGCCCAGCCGAUCUAGGACUCAUUCACUUUAAAGGUAAACAUGACUGAAUCUUUCAAAUGUGCCAUCGUAAUUACCAUUCACUACGAUAAUGUGUUAAUGCUCCAGCAAAACCUUGGUGAUGAGGAAUGUUUGUAGAGGCGGCGAUGGUUUGUUGAAAGACGUAUGUACAGCAAUAAUGUUAGCGUGUGGCUGUAGAUCAUUGGUACUUUAGGUCUUUAUACCAGACAAGAGCGCUCAGUAAACAUGUUGGACUUUUAGUAGGCGGGACAAGGUGGCUGUAUGAUUAGAUAAACUUUGUCUCAAUAUUUGGAGCCAGCGUUUUCUGUUUUCACCAGAAAUACAAGGUUUCAUACUGGAUAGAGUGAUCAUAUGCCUCCACAUUUCUGCCAUUUUGACCCACAACAAACUGCAAUAAAACCAGGGUGCAUGUCCCUGUCUCAUACAGUCACUUCUGCUUUUCCUACGAGUAGCCGCACCCAGCGCCGUUUUUGUUUAGAGUAUAAGAUGUAGUUUGCAUAUGACGAUUAACAAAGGGAAUCUACACAUUUGAAUACACUUUACGGCGUAUCAAAUCAUUGUAAACUUCGAUGAAAAGGUACAUAUGAGGUGGCAUGGCUGUUAAACUACAAGCUGUCGUCGUUUAGCCGAAACCGAAAACACCCGGCGUGUUCGUAGUGUUUAUUUUUUUAUGUGUGCCUUUUGUCGGAUCUCUCUCUUCUCCAUCUGCCCCAAGCAUUGGGUUUGUGAGUCUUUUCAAAAUAAAGGUUUGACAAUAAUCUGCCAUGCCGCAUAAAAAAACAAUUUCCAUUUUUUUAAUUAUCAUGCAACCUUGCGUGUAGAUGCUGCAUAGAACGAUCAGUAUUUGUGUUUUGCACUUUCAAAGCAGUCUCAAAAAAAAAAAAGUCGCCCACGUGAGGUUGGGCAGAAAGUAAAAAAGAAAUAACUGACGAGGUAUUUUAUGCUAUCAAUAGGAAUUAUAAGGAAUAAUAUGACUUUGAAGAGCUUUUCUAAAAAAAAAAAAAAAAUUGAUAUAUCUAUAUAUAUUCAUGAAGUACCUCAUAAGCCUGAUAUAUGCUGCAUUGACUUUUUUUUUUUUUCUCUUUAGUGUACUUCAUAUUGUCCAAUAACAUUUUCAUUUUCCCCUCUUGGGAGGUUUGAAUGUCACUACAGGCUGUGCACAUGCCACAACCAGUUAACCUGAUAGUUCUGUUGUUACACCUCGUGGCCAAAUGAUAAUGUGUCAUUUAUGCAAUUUAAAUCUCAUCCCAAUAUUCCUGAGCUCAUCGUAUUUUCUGUCUUUUUUUUUUUUUUUGCAUAUUCCCUGUAUCCGUAUCGCCAAAAACUAUCGAGUGUAGUUGACAAAGAGUUGAUGUGCGCCAAGCAUCUGUGGUAUAUCACGACUGUUGACUCAGGUAUUGCCAUGAAAGGGCUGUAUCUGCUUACCGUUUCCCCCCCAUCAUCCCCCUAUUCACACACCUUUGUCUUAAAAUAGCCUUAGAGCUACACGUGAGGUUCCCAUUUGGCCUUAAAAGUUGAACAAAUUAUGCACUACAAUUUUACAAACUUGACAGAAAGCUUGAUUCCCAUAUAGACGCUUUUUUUUGUUUUGUUUUUAAAGACUUCACGUUGAGUCGUUGCCAUGUUAUCUACCUCCUAUGAAUGUAGGGUCUGUCCUGGAGUUGUAGUCGACUGCAAAACUUUUGAUUUUUCUCUUUCAUUUAAGGAAAACAGACAAUCAUCUGUAGACUCUUGAAAGAUGUAAAAUAUAUUCCCCUCGUCAUUCACAGAACUGAUUCCAGGACACUCCGUUUUUCUUCAUUUUUCCCUCCGUUUUCAUUUUCUACCUUGUGUUUUUCAAGCGUGAUGGAGAAGCAAAGUGACCAAAGUCUCUUGGCAAAGGCAGCCCUGCAAAAGCUGUGUGAAUUCAAACCUCCCUUCAUUUGUGUCAUUUUGAGCUCAAUUUCGAGUUAUAUAUACUUAUAUAUAUAUAUAUAUUUUCUCUCUUUUUUUCUAUUUUCUCCCUUAUUUAAACCACAACAUGCCAAAACUGAAUUUGCUGUCAUUCCUGUUCUGGUGAGGGUCUUUAUGUUGCUGAUUUAAUUUGUUCACAUCCACUGCUAAGCUCCUUGUUCUUGUUGUAAAGUUGUAAGCUUUGAUUUCUAUUUUACAUUUCCUUAUUUUUUGGUAACAAUUAUGCUUACAGAACACAAGAUAUGCUGUAAACCCUGUUAGGACAUAAUGUGAAUACGUAUCACUUAAUAUAGUUCACUCUUUGGCUUGACUGUAAGUUGCGUUAAUAAAAAUGUUGAAAAAGUC